AGCUGUUGGGCUGCAGAUCUGGGGUCGAUUGCUGCGGACACCAAUAUGGUCUUGCAACCGCGGCGUUUGAGCCUUGCCAUGGUGGCCGUGAUGUAUGGGUUCCAUAUUUCCGGAGGCUUUUUGGAAAGCCUUUUUAUUUCGCCUCUUGCUGAUGUUCAAGCAGAUUCUCCACUUCAGGCAUCGUCCAUCCUUGCUGGGAGAUUUGGUUCCCCACAACGCGCAAUUCGGGUCUGGAUGAAAGCAGGUGCGGAGGAGGAAGGACUUCAAUCUGCCAUAAAAAAUGGCAACCCAGAUCGGAUCAUGAAAGCCAUUGAUGCGCUUCCAGAUGCCCCGAAAAAGGCCAUGUCAAUGGUCGAGGGCGACUGGCAGGUCAUUUGGGACAGCAAUAGUCUCGGGCCCACGAAAAAGACACUCCUGAAGCUGGUGUGCGACCAGCUCCCCAACACCAUGGUGGAGUUUUACAGGCAGUACAAUCUGAUCCAAGACGGGAAGUAUUACUGGCUGAUGGCUUUUACAAUGGAUGGAAUUCAGAGGACAAAUGCUGCGUUGAUGAUGUCGGGCCCAUGGAAGCCGGCCAAAUCAGGUACUGCAGGCACUGUGGGCUUCGAUGAAGUGCAGAUCGUGGCGUCUCGACACGGCUCGGCAGAGAGCCGAGAGGCGAUUCGCACCACAGGCCUUGAGAGAUACAUGAAACCCUUAAAGCUCAAGGGCGAUGGCUCAAUUGAAGUUACGGUCCACUACGUCAGUGACGAGACCCUCGUGCAAGAGGAUGAAGUCGGUAAUACAUAUGUCUUCAAAAAGAUGUCGGAGUCCUAUCCAAUUCCAUACAUCUUUGCCGACAAGAAGGCGGAGAGCUGAGUGAAGGUGCGAAUGAUGCAAGCCAUAAGGCUUGCACUUUCUAAGGAACCCAGAUCUAUUGCAAUCACUGCAAGAACCGUAAGCGCGAGACUCUACAGGCAUAUCUUGUAACUUGUAACAUUUCUAGCUGGCCUCAGACAGCUC